AUGGCGUCCAGCUUAUUAGUUGGCUAUGGUGGAUCAUCUUCGUCUGAAAGUGAUGAAGGAAAGGUAAAGGAUUUAGAAAGUCAUAAUCGUGAUGAUGUUGAUAAUAAAAAUGAUAAUGAGAGUACCGACCUAAAGUCGAGCCAUAAAGUUACAAAAAAGCCUGAAACUUCACCUUUACGGUCCGGUAGUGAUGACCAAGGUGAAAUAAGAAAAACUUCAACACAGUCGCGAAAUUAUUCACCGCCAUCUCAUGAAAGAAGAAGUCAUCAUAGAGACAAUGGUUCUUCACGUUAUCGCCAAUCAGGACGAGAACAUCGUUCUCCUGAUCGCCAUGCUAGACAUUCAAGGUCUGAUCGUGACCGUUCUCGAACUCCUGACCGUCAGCGUUACAGUCGUUCUUAUUACCGUCAAUCUGAUCGUCAUCGGGAUUAUCAUCGUCGCGAUCGUAGUAGACGAUCCCAUUCUACUAGUCCUAAAAGGUAUAGUAAACACUCUGCGAUGAGUAACUAUCAUGGGAGAGAUAAUUCCAGAAGAAUGAGUUCUGGCGGCGAGCAUACUAGCCAUCGUAGCAGUGACCAUCGAGAUGAAUCGCAGUCCAGUAGUAACAAGGCUGCAACAGAAAGUAAUGCACUACCAGCUACUAACCAGUCGUCAUCUAGUAGUGGGACCUUGAAUGCGCCCAAGCCAGGCCAAUCUUCACUAAAUGUUAAUUCUGCCGAUGCUGAGACUAGUCAGGAAGCAUUAUUAAAGAGUGUAUUACAUGGUAGUCAAAUGAUCAAUGCAGCCAAAGCUGCGAUUCAGAAUCAGAAGAGGAAAUUACUUUGGAGUGGUAAAAAGAAGGAGGAGCGAUCCAGUGGCAAUUGGAAAGGAGUGGCUUUCGAUGAUGAUUCAGCAACUAAUCGAAUGAGUAAAUUUAAGCGAUUGAUGGGCAUAACUAAUCAAGGGGCUAAUAAAGGAAAUGAUGAUAUGGCCAGUCCAGAAGAAUCGAAGGAGCCUAAUAAAAUUGAAAAUGUAGAGGAUAUAUUAAAGCCAACGGAUGCUCAUCCCGAAAAAAGUACAAAGAUGUUAGACGAUUUACAACAACAAUAUGAUGCUGCCAGGGUAUUCACUCAUACUCAGAGAGGUUAUGGAUUGGGAUUUUCUUCCAAUUAA